AAUUGUAAUUCUUUAGGUAAUAGGUGCAAUACAUAUUCUCAAUAUGAGCUCAGGAAGAUCGUCAGAUGUGUACACGGUAUUCGAAGAUGAAGACGGAAUAUCUGUGGUACCAACAAAGUGGAUCACUCCACACAAAAACCAUUGUAAAUGGCCAAGCCAUUUUAAUUACACAAGAAUCAACAAAGCUAUCUCUAAACUUAUGGAUCCUUGUGAUGAUUGGAAUGUAAUUAGCGUAAAGAAAAUUUUUACAACAACAUCAACGUAUGAUGAAGCCAACAAGAAGGCAAAAGAUGCCGAGAUAGUUACAGAUGUAGAUGAUUUAGAAACUUUGAAAAAGAGUCGAAGUUGCCGAAAGAGAAUAACAUUUCCCAAUGAUAGCAGUUCAAAUGAUGAAGAUGAUAGACCGAAAUACAAAAAUCCUCGGAAAACGUCGAGUUGUCUGGAUGAAUUUCCAAAUCCACCAACAACGAGUACCAUUCAAACUAAUUUAACGGAAGAAAUCCGUUGUCUAGGUACUACUAUAUGUAAUGUAACUGCUACACAGAAUCCGAAGUCAUCUAUUAAUGAAACUGGUGGAAUACGGAUGACAAAUGAAGAUAGCAGGAUUUUCGGUAAUUCCAGUGCAUCGGAGAAGAAUAUCCCGCAGCAAAAAUUUUUUAAUGCAGACGAGAAGCUGGAUUACAUGUGUCAGUCAACUGACUUAAUACUGAAAAAAUUAAAUAGAUUACAAGUAGAUUUACGCAAUAUUCAGAAACAUUACAUCAGGGAGAUAGAUUGCGAAUUAAAUAGAAAACAGCAAGUCUGCAAUAUUGAAACAUCCAAAGAAAUUUCGAUAAAUAAUCAUUUACCAUUGACAAAUUUGGAAGCAGUAGACAAAUUUGAAGAAAUGUUACGGAACUCGAUUUUUUUCUGUGGAUGA